GGAAGCCUCUUUAGGUAAAGGACAUUAUUUAUAUAAAAUACAAUUAAUCCUAAACCCAAACUGGACAGGGAUUUGUUGGAACAAGCUACACAAGGCACAGAUCUGUGGACCUACAACUUUCCUUUGAGAACACCGAGUUCCCCUUAAACCAGUCCAGACCUGCCCUUUAAUUCAGCCUGCUCCACCGCCAUGUAUCCACUGUCGGCAUAACACAACAGCGGGACCCUCAGCUUCCACAUCCUCCGUGCCCUUCUCUGUCACCAGCCAGUGUCUCUCCCCUGCCAUGCCCCGGGUCACCUCACUGCUGUCUGCCCUGCUGUUCGUUCUCCUGCCGGGCCCUAAUUGGGGGUAUUUCCCCGAGGAGCGCUGGAGCCCCGAGUCUCCGCUCCUCGCUCCCCGGGUCGUCGUCGCGUUGGUCUGCCGCAACUCGGCGCACUCGCUGCCGCUGUUCCUCGGAGCCAUCGAGCGCCUCAACUACCCGAAGGACCGCAUUGCGCUGUGGGUGGCGACAGAUCACAACAUAGACAACACCACAGCCAUCCUGAGAGACUGGCUUGUGAAGGUGCAGAAUGACUAUCACUAUGUGGAGUGGAGACCUGAAGAUGAACCCAGUGCCUUUGAAGACGAGGUGGGGCCUAAGCACUGGAAUAAUCUCCGUUAUGAACAUGUAAUGAAGCUCCGUCAGGCGGCUCUGGAGACCGCCCGUGAGAUCUGGGCCGACUACCUGCUGGUAGCUGACUGUGACAACCUGCUCACCGAUACGGGCACGUUGUGGAAACUGAUGAGUGAGAACAAGACUAUAGUUGCUCCCAUGCUGGAGUCCAGAGCCGCAUACUCUAACUUCUGGUGCGGCAUGACGUCACAGGGCUACUACAAGCGUACACCGGCCUACAUGCCUAUCCGUAAGCAGGAGCGUCGUGGCUGUUUCGCCGUACCGAUGGUCCACUCCACCUACUUGAUUGACCUGCAGAAAGAGGCCUCCCGUCAGCUGGCGUUUUAUCCACCACACCCGGAGUACAGCUGGGCCCUCGAUGAUGUCAUCGUCUUUGCCUACUCGGCUCGUAUGGCAGAUGUGCAGAUGUACGUGUGCAACAAAGAGACUUAUGGGUAUUUCCCAGUGCCUAUGCGUUCCAACGGCACCCUGCAGGAUGAGGCGGAGAGCUUCGUGCACACUCAGCUCGAGGUCAUGGUGAAAAAUCCUCCAUUGGAGCCCUCCAGCUUCCUGUCUCUUCCUCCCAAGGAGCCUAACAAGAUGGGCUUUGAUGAGGUGUUUAUGAUAAAUCUGGUGCGGAGAUCUGACCGUCGCGAGCGAAUGCUAAGAACCCUGUAUGAGCAGGAGCUCAGCUGUAAGGUUGUUGCUGCUGUGGAUGGCAAAGCUCUGAACAAGACUGAUAUUCAGUCUAUGAGGAUUAAGAUGCUGCCAGGUUACAAAGACCCUUAUCAUGGUCGGCCUCUCACCAAGGGUGAACUGGGUUGUUUUCUCUCUCAUUACAACGUCUGGAAGGAGAUAGUAGACCGUGGUCUGCAGACCUCCCUGGUCAUUGAGGACGACCUCCGCUUCGAGGUGUUUUUCAAGCAGCGUCUCCAGGCGCUGCUGCAGGAGCUGACGACACACAAGCUGGACUGGGAUCUCAUUUACAUCGGGCGGAAGCGGAUGCAGGUGGACCAUCAAGAGAAGUCUGUACCAAAUAUCUACAACCUGGUGGAGGCAGACUACUCCUACUGGACACUCGGCUACCUGUUGUCAUUACAAGGAGCUCAGAAGCUCCUCAGGGCCGAACCUCUGACCAAGUUGCUUCCUGUUGAUGAGUUCCUCCCUGUCAUGUACGACAAACAUCCAGUCUCAGAGUACAUGGCGCACUUUGAGAGUCGGGACCUGCGUGCGUUUUCUGCCGAGCCGCUUCUGGUGUAUCCAACCCAUUACACAGGAGACCAGGGCUACAUCAGUGACACGGAAACAUCGGUGGUCUGGGACAACGAGACCCUCAAAACAGACUGGGACCGAGGCAAGUCGAGGAAAACUGAGGAGCAGGGGGAGCUGAGCUUCGAGGCCCAGAACUCUGACGUACUGCAGUCUGAGCUGGAGAACUGGAGCGCACGGGACGAGCUGUGAUGAAGAAGAGAGGAGGAGAGACAGAGAGAGCUCUGACAAACAGAGAUAAGGAUGAGGGAGAAAGAACAAAGCUGUGAUAGUGGGGGAAAUGGAUGACAUGGAGAGAAUAUAACAGAACAAGAGAGGAGGGAGGAAAGGUAAUUGUAAGUUAUAGUAAGUAGUUGGACUCAGGGUUGGGGAGGGACAAAUGCUUUUCCUCGUACAUUUCUCUCUCCAACGCAUAUCCUUUAACCACAGCCUGGUCCAGUAAUAGUUUCAUGUUUUAAAUAAGAUUUCGCCCAGACUUGUCCCACCAUAUAUAAAGUCCUCCUGAGAAAAGAAAAUACAUAAAACGAAUUGGAAGAAAAUACAGUAUUAAGCCCAAUUUGAAAUGUCUCCAAAUGACUUCUUGUCACAUUUCAACUUCAAUCACCUAAUUACAUGUGAAAGCUGCAGAAUGCUUUGGGUUUGAAAUAGGAGCCUCAAAAAUAUAAAACGAUUAUGUUACAUCUCUUUUUACUGUAAGCUCUCGAGGCAGAAAACAGAUUCACUAAAAUGUUGCCUUCUGUUAAACUCUCAGUUCUUCUUCUUCUUCUUCUUCUUCUUCUUCUUCUUCUUCUUCUUCUUCUUCUUCUUCUUCUUCUUCUUCUUCUUCUUCUUCUUCUUCUUCUUCUUCUUCUUCUUCUUCCUCUUCUUCUUCUUCUUCUUCUUCUUAACUCUGUGCUUUUAAGUUUAAACAAUGUGUUAUUUAAGUAAGUGUUAUAAGGUUGUUACUCAUGAUUGUCUCAGUGUUUUCUUUGAACUGCUAUCAAACCUUUCUUUGAUAGCAGCUGUGUUUUGUUUUAUUGUUUCAGUGUUUCACCCUCAGUACAUGUUGCAGUUUGAACCCAAACUCGCAGCUUUUGUUACAUUUCCUUUGCUGACGAUCAGAAGAACAAAUGAAUAUAGAUUUUUAGUAGCUUUCCAUGUUUUGUUCACUCAUCUGUAGUUGCAAAGUUUGUCUUUUUUUAACCAAAGAACGAAUAAAAACUUUUUAUAAUGA